GUCACCUGACUGCAUGUUUGCAAAUCUGCAGGACAGCAGUGCUGGGCAAGCAAAAGCAGGAAGAUCGCCCGACGUAUGAGCAGGAGGAUUUUGCAAGACAGCAAACGGGGCCAUCCUCGUUUCGUUUUGAAUGACUGGCGAACCCGCACUAAUGGCGAGAGGGAAACUGUAGAGAGUUUGAGAAACGAUGGCUGCCUCCGUGUGUAUCAACUGCACGGAUCAAGAGCGCGAGAGGCUGUUUACUCCUGUGAACAGCUACGGCUCGCAAGCCACCAGCAGCGGCAGCAAUGAGGUGCCACCUCUGCCAAAGCUCGAACGUGUGCUGGAGGAGGAAGCUCUUCGCAGGAAGCUAAAGUACUUCUUCAUGAGCCCCUGUGACAAGUUCCACGCCAAGGGGCGCAAGCCAUUCAAGCUGAUUCUGCAGAUGGUGAAGAUCGUCGUUGUCACGGUGCAGCUGGUGCUCUUUGGUCUCAGUAACCAGAUGGUUGUGACAUUUAAAGAGGAGAACACCAUAUCAUUCAAGCACCUUUUUCUAAAGAACUACGCAGAUGGAGGUGAUGACACCUAUGCCGUGUACACACAAGCAGACUUCUAUGACAGCAUGUUUUACGCAGUCGAUCAGUUUUUGGCACUCCCAAAUACCACAGUCGGCCGCUAUGCCUAUGUGCAUAGUAAACAUGCCAAUGAAAGUACCCUCAUUCUGUGCCAGCAAUAUUACAAGAAAGGAAGCAUUGACCCUGGAAACGACACCUUCGACAUUGAUCCCCACGUGAAGACAGAAUGCAUUGGAGUGAACCCCAGGUCAAGGUCCGAAGAUGACUACGACUAUAGGAACUUCACUCUUAAAUUUCACAAACUCAUCAAUGUGACUAUACAAUUUAAGCUAAAAGCCAUCAACAUUCAGACGAUCAUAAACAAUGAGGUUCCGGACUGCUACACAUUCACCAUCACAAUCACAUUCGACAACAAAGCCCACAGUGGCAGAGUGAAGAUCAGCCUGAAUAAUGAGGCCUCUAUUAAGGAGUGCAAGGACCCGAAUGUCUCCGGCCAUGCAGAGAACUAUUCCCGGCUAGCAUUUGAUGUGAUAGUGGUCAUAUUGUGCAUCAUGUCAUUCUUACUCUGUGGACGUUCAAUUGUUCGCGGCCUGUUUCUACAGCAGGAGUUUGUGCAGUAUUUCCAUAACCACUUUGACAGGAAGGUGAGCUGGUCUGACCGCUUGGAGUUUGUGAACGGCUGGUACAUCCUGCUAAUUAUCAGCGACAUUUUGACCAUUAUUGGCAGCUUCAUCAAGAUGGGCAUUGAGUCUAAGAACCUGGCCUCAUAUGAUGUGUGUGGAAUAAUGCUGGGAACAUCUACCCUACUGGUAUGGGUGGGUGUCAUUCGAUACCUCAGCUUCUUUCAGAAAUACAACAUUUUGAUCAUUACUCUAAGGGCAGCCUUCCCUAAUGUGAUUCGUUUCUGUUGCUGUGCCGCUGUGAUCUACCUUGGAUAUUGCUUCUGCGGAUGGAUCGUCUUGGGGCCUUACCAUGUCAAGUUCCGUUCCCUUUCCAUGGUGUCGGAGUGCCUUUUCUCCCUAAUCAAUGGUGAUGACAUGUUUGUUACUUUCUCCGAAAUGCAGCAGAGCAGCUUCUUGGUUUGGCUUUUCAGCCAGAUCUACCUGUACAGUUUCAUUAGCCUUUUUAUUUACAUGGUGCUGAGUCUCUUCAUCGCUCUCAUUACCGGUGCAUAUGAAACAAUCAAGCAUCACAGCAUGGAGCCGGUUCACAUCACAGAUUUGCACGCCUUCAUAGCAGAGUGUAAAGACACCCCAAAUUCUGGCAAAUUCAGGGGUAUAGAGAGCUCUCCGUGCUCCAUUUUCUGCUGCUGUGACCGGACUACAACAUACGAGGAUGUUCUCCUAAUAAACUGAGGGAGCGACCGAGAAACCUGCCAAAAGAAUGAGACCCUCAUUCAUCUUUCGCCAUUGUCCUAAUCCCCCAUG